AUGCCGCGUGCAACUGUGUCGUUCAAGCAUGAAGAGCAGGAGUGGACGCACGAUUUCGAAGUCGACGCAGCUACGACUGUGCUGGACUUGAAGAGGAAAAUGACGUCUUCUGCGCCAGAGCAUGCGGCAUGGUUUGAUCUAUGCCGAGAUGGAGCUGCUCUUAAGAACACUGAGCUGGUCGAUCCGCUCGCCAUCUACAUUUUCCAUUACCUUGGCCCCAGCGGAGGUGACCAGGAUCAUGACAUCAUUGACCUUGGCGUUGUCCCGGCUGGCGAGGAUGCUGAUGAGCCCUUCAAAGCUGCCAGAGAUGGGCCGGCUCCAGUUACGGAGAACGUUCCGGCUGUUCCGCGAUGGAAGAUUACAGGAGGCUCGGACAAGGGUGGCAUCAUAGUGCGACAGUCCGAGUCGUUGAAAUCCGCUGACCUUGGCCGUGUGAGCACGGGAGCCAUAGUCGAGGAGAUUGCAAGAGUUGGAGACAGGCUUUGCUACAGGCUUGAAGAAGGUACUGGACCGGUAAAAGGCUGGGUCAGCAUCCGCGUCUCCGGGAAGGAGCUGGUUGAAAAGAUUUCCUGA